CCUAAGCUCUAUCCCAAAAUUUCCAAAGCACUAAUAGUUCUCAUUAGUGACCAAAAAGGAAAAAAAAAAAUCUCAUUUUGAUCUUAGCAGAGAUCUAGCUUGUCACCUUUUAAUUAUUUCAACGCCGUAUAUCGCCGACGCCGUCCGAUAAAACCUCACGCCGCCGGUGUAUGGAAACACCGUGGGUACAUCUCUAGGGCACGGUUUUAUUACAGAUUCAUUACUCAUGGCUUCGUGGCUUAAAGUCGCUGAAGAUUUAUUUGAAGUUGUAGAUCGAAGAGCAAAGCUAGUUGCUAAUGAUCUGUCGGAGGAGCCACCUGAUUCUCAAACACAAGGUUCUUCAGCAGAAAAAACAAAGCCAAGGGCAAAGGCACAAAAAAGACUUUCUACAAAAAGAUCUCCCAAACCUAGUGAUACUAUAAACAAGCAAACUAGUUCAGAAGUACUAAAAUCUGAUGUAACACCUGAUAAAGAUAAGGCUACUUUUUCUUCCGACAAUGAGAUAAGCUCUAGUGCUAAUUCUAUGGUCCAGACAAGUAGUGAGCUAUAUAACAACAGUGAGAAAGAUAACCCUACAAUUCCUUCAUCUGAGCUAUUGGAUCCUGAUUUGGUUAAACACAGUGUUGAUCAGGAAGAAGUCUCUGUAAGUGUCAGCAAUGCAGAAGCUUCAUUGUCAACUUCAAAUGGGGAGCUUCUCAAUGAGAAUGCUUCCGAUGUGCAUGUUGAGCACCCUCCUCCAUCAUUUGCUACCAAAGUUAUUGAGGUUGUUAGUGAAGAUCAUUUAACUGAUGGUGGCCAAAAUUCCGAUUCCCAAACUUCAGAUGUCCCUUUGAAGACUGACCAAGAGGGGCCACAACACCCUCAGAAAGAGAGUUCACAACAUGUAAUUGCUGAUUCUCAUGUUAACUUCGAAGCUAAGUUGAAAGAAGAUGAUGUUAAAGUUGAAACUCCUGUGAAUCAAAAGAAACCACAGGAGCAAAAUGCUGAUACUCCACAAACGGUAGUCCAGGACCAACUUGAUGAGGCUCAAGGACUGCUUAAAACCACCAACUCCACCGGUCAAUCAAAAGAGGCAAGACUAGCUCGGGUUUGUGCUGGACUUUCAUCCCGUCUCCAAGAAUACAAAUCUGAGAAUGCACAGCUUGAGGAGCUUCUAAUUGCUGAGAGGGAGCUGAGUAAAUCUUAUGAGGCUCGUAUAAAACAACUGCAGCAAGAUUUAUCUGUAUCUAAGAGUGAAGUAACCAGGGUAGAGUCAAAUAUGCUUGAUGCUUUGGCAGCAAAGAACUCUGAGAUAGAGGCACUUGUCAAUUCUAUGGAUGCACUAAAGAAACAAGCUGCUUUAUCUGAAGGAAACCUGGCUUCACUUCAGGCAAACAUGGAGUCAAUUAUGAGAAACAGGGAAUUAACAGAGACGAGGAUGAUGCAGGCCCUACGCGAGGAGCUAGCUUCUGCAGAGAGGAGGGCAGAAGAAGAACGUGCAGCACAUAAUGCUACCAAAAUGGCUGCCAUGGAAAGGGAAGUAGAAUUGGAACAUCGAGCUGUUGAGUCAUCCACAGCUCUUGCAAGGAUCCAGAGGGUUGCUGAUGAGAGGGCAACAAAAGCUGCAGAGCUUGAGCAGAAGGUGGCACUUCUUGAGGUUGAAUGCACAUCUUUAAAUCAAGAAUUGCAAGACAUGGAAGCUCGUUUUCGUCGUGGACAAAAGAAGUCCCCAGAAGAAGCCAAUCAAAUGCUUCAGAUGCAGGCAUGGCAGGAGGAAGUGGAGCGUGCACGCCAAGGUCAAAGAGAUGCUGAGAGCAAGCUCUCUUCAUUAGAGGCUGAAGUGCAGAAAAUGAGGGUUGAAAUGGCUGCCAUGAAGAGGGACGCUGAGCAUUAUUCACGCCAGGAGCAUAUGGAACUAGAGAAACGCUACCGUGAACUAACUGACCUACUGUACUACAAGCAAACACAGUUAGAAACCAUGGCUAGUGAAAAAGCUGCAGCUGAGUUCCAGCUGGAGAAGGAAAUAAAGCGUCUUCAAGAAGCUCAGGUUGAAGUAGAGAGAAGUAGAGUUCCUCGUCGCGCGUCAUCUUCCUGGGAGGAAGACACAGAUAUCAAAUCUCUCGAGCCUCUUCCUGUGCAUCAUCGUCACGUGGCUGCUGCAAGCGUACAGUUUCAGAAGGCUGUAAAAUUACUGGAUUCAGGGGCUGUAAGGGCUACUAGAUUUCUUUGGCGGUAUCCUACAGCUCGAAUAAUGUUGCUGUGCUAUCUUGUUUUCGUACAUCUCUUCCUGAUGUACUUGUUGCAUCGCCUUCAGGAGCAAGCGGAUGAUUUAGCUGCUAGGGAACUCGCAAAAUCUUUGGGUCUUACCAAUGCCAACUUACCUUAACCAUGCAAAAUGCCCAAGGCAUAGAUGGAAUGAUCCAAGAACAGUCCGGAAAAAAAAUUUAUGAAAAUUUCAAAGUUACGUGUACACCAGAAUUAUCUGUCGUAGCCAUUCUCUGAUAUAUGCAAAUAUUGUAGGAAAAAUGUUUGAAACAUUGGUAGCAAAUACUGCUUAUUUGAACUGCAAUGCAGUUAAUGAAUGAAGUUUCAGAUGCAUCAAACGGUGCAAGCUAACCGUCAAAGUCAGGAUAUAACCAUUUUUUGCAUGAAAAGUGAACUCCGAUUCCGAAACGAGAAGGCACCAUGUAGAUCCAAAAGUCGAUUGUGAAACUUUUUUUUUUCUAUACAGGUGAGUGCAAAAAAAACUCUUUGUAACUUAAUCGUAAAAUGAAUGUUACUGAAGAAAUGUUAUGUAAGUAAUAUAUAUUAAUGUUGUUUA